CACCGCGUGACCCGCGAGGCAGGGCGAGGAAGGCGGCCGGGCACGAUGGCCACCUCAGAGCCUCUUGGGCGUCGAACCGCGCUCCCGUAUCCCUGCCCCAGUCUUGGCCACAAAGGGGUACGCCCCAGUUUGUAGAGAUGAGUGCCUCUCGGGACCACGGGGCCAGGCAAGCUGGGGAUAGCGUGAUCAGACGGAAAAGUGAGCCACGGCGAGUGUGGACAGAGGCUCUUCUAGUGCCGGCUCAGUGCUGGGCACCACGGACGAGGAGAAGAACAAGGGUCCGGAGGGGGCGGGCCCUGAGGGUCCUGGAGGCAUCCGUGCCCCUCCCCUUUCCCGUGCCCAUCCAGGUGGUCGAGGGAGCCAGGAAAGACACUCCUGCCAGCCAGUCCAGAGAGGCAGUCGGCGUUUUAGGAAGGGACUGAGUUGGUUUGUGUUUUCCAUGUGGUUCUUGGUGCCGGGCCCUGCGUUGAGCUGUCCUGAGGAUCCCACUGGGUGUUGGGUUGGGCCUCCCCCGGGGGAGGCAGUUGCUCUUGAUCCGGGCUUAUCUCCUCUGUAAGACUGUAAGCCUCUUGGGUUAAAGGCAGCUGGCGUUCACCUACCUGCCUCUGCUGCGGUCCUUCUGGUCCUGCCUCAGCCCCAGAGAACAUUCAGAUCAGAUUCCUCCUGUGUUAGCUGUCUUAGCCCUUUUCCUUCUGGAAGCCUUCCAGAUCUAACCCCUGCCCAGCGGAGCUGGAGAACAGGAAGGGUUUAUCGUGGUGCUGGACCCAGGAGCGGCCUGCAGUGUGUUAGUUCAGAGCUCUGGGGUCAGACAGACCUGGGUUCCACUCCCAGCUCCACCAUUUCAUCCCCUUUGUGACCUCAUAGCACUAGUAACUUCUCAGUUUCUGCUCAAAUAGAGCAGGGUUGGUAGUAAUAGCAUUGACCUUGGUAGGAACGGAGCCAGAGCAGAUCUCAGGGAAGGGUGUUAAGUGUGCAGAAAGGCUUCUGGGCCUUCCUGGGCUCCGUCUCUUCCAGCCGCGUGACCUUGGACCUGCCACUUCCCCUUUCCCAGGCUCUUUUUCCUCCUCAGUCCCCCAAGGUGGAGCGCACAGCCGACCAUCCCCUGGAUAAGGCCAGUCCAUCAAGGCCGCCGCACACGGCCGGGCCUGGCGGGGUGCUCUGCUGUGAGGUGGGAAAGUAUCACUUGGCCCAGGUUUCCUGAAGCUCUGCUGGGCGGCGCUUCUUGUCCUGGAGCAGCCCAGAGAGAUGUGCUCGGAAGGCCCCCGGGGGAUGUUUGCCAGGACAGCCCUGGGAGCCUGGGGCCGGGAGGGUGGGCCUUCUGGCCAGGAAGGAUGUCAGGGGAGUCUUGAAGGACAGAAGGGACUUGGCCAAGAGAACCCUGGGACUCAGGGGAGCACUGGGCAGGCAGUUCAUGGCCUCUAGCAACUGCCUGGCUGCCCCCUGCUGUUUGGUGGUCACUGAUGGGCACCGGUGCUCAGACGUGGCUCCCAGCCCCCUAGACCCCACUGUUCGUCCCUUGGUGCUGCCUGAGGUCUCCUGCCUGCCUGCCAGGGCACGUGCCAGGCACUGCCCCUGGGAGUCGGCGGUGGCCCUGGCCUCCUGGUGGAAACACACUGCAGAUCUGACCCUCUUGCUGAGCACUUGGCAGGCGUCUGGCCCUGUGCCUGGUACUCACUGUCCUAAGCCCUUGGAUGCUCUGGCGUGGAGGUGGUCACCCCCGUCUUAGGGGGUGGGACGGAGCCCGAGGCCCCACAGCAGCUCAGGAGCUCGGACCUGUGUGAUUCCAGACCCCGGGCCUUUACCGUGGUGCUCUCACCUCUGUGGACUCAUUUCUUUGGGCCAGGCCUGGGUUCUCGGGGAAACAGGCUGUUCUGAAGGUCUCUUAGGUGGGGGACUCUGGGCCCCGCCUCCAGUGGGGCAUGCUGUCGCGAAGAUUUAUAUAUGUGGGGGGCUGGCUCAGGGGACUCUGAGGCCCAGCCUCUCAUUUCAGGUGUCACUUUCCCAAGUGGUGGGAACAUGGGUGGCGAGUGCUGAGAUCCAGGUGUCGGGAGUCCUCCCUGACUCAUGAGGCUGGUGUGGGAGUUGGGGUUGUUCCGCUCUGGUAGCCAGGGGUGGGGAGGGCCCGGGGCUGCUCCCCCCGGCCAGCUGCCUGGGCCCAGAGUCCUGAACCCGCCUUGGUGGGGUUUCCCCAGCUCUGUCUGCCUGGCCUUUGGGUGCACAGAACACUGGCUGCUCUCACGCCGACUGGGGAGUCCUGUGUGGCUGGCCUCACGGAGAUGCAGCAGACGUGGCCCCAGCCUCGAAGCUCAGAGUCGGGCAGGGACCCGGACAUGGAGCUGCGGGAAGAGGCCUGGUCUCCGGGGCCACUGGACUCUGAGGACCAGCAGAUGGCCAGUCACGAGAACCCAGUGGACAUCCUCAUCAUGGAUGACGACGACGUCCCCAGCUGGCCCCCGACCAAGCUAUCCCCGCCCCAGUCGGCGCCCCCGGCCGGCCCCCCGCCCCGGCCCCGGCCGCCCGCCCCCUACAUCUGCAACGAGUGCGGCAAGAGCUUCAGCCACUGGUCCAAGCUGACGCGGCACCAGCGCACGCACACGGGCGAGCGGCCCAACGCCUGCAGCGACUGCGGCAAGACCUUCUCGCAGAGCUCUCACCUGGUGCAGCACCGGCGCAUCCACACGGGCGAGAAGCCCUACGCCUGCUCCGAGUGCGGCAAGCGUUUCAGCUGGAGCUCCAACCUCAUGCAGCACCAGCGCAUCCACACGGGCGAGAAGCCUUACGCCUGCCCCGACUGCGGCCGCAGCUUCACGCAGAGCAAAAGCCUGGCCAAGCACCGGCGCUCGCACAGCGGCCUCAAGCCCUUCGUGUGCCCGCGCUGCGGCCGCGGCUUCAGCCAGCCUAAGAGCCUGGCGCGCCACCUGCGGCUGCAUCCGGAGCUGUCGGGGCCCGGCGUGGCGGCCAAGGUGCUGGCGGCCAGCGUGCGCCGGGCCAAGGCCCCGGAGGCGGCGGCGGCGGCGGACGGCGAGAUCGCCAUUCCGGUGGGCGACGGCGAGGGCAUCAUCGUGGUGGGCGCGCCAGGCGAGGGGGCCGCGGCGGCCGCAGCCAUGGCGGGCACGGGGGCCAAGGCGCCGGGACCCCGCUCGCGGCGCGCCCCGGCCCCCAAGCCGUACGUGUGCGUGGAGUGCGGGAAGGGCUUCGGGCACGGGGCCGGGCUCCUGGCCCACCAGCGCGCCCAGCACGGGGACGGGCUCGGGGCGGCGGGGGCCGAGGAGCCCGCGCACAUCUGCGUGGAGUGCGGCGAGGGCUUCGUGCAGGGCGCGGCGCUGCGGAGACACAAGAAGGUCCACGCCGUGGGCGCGCCCUCGGUCUGCAACCGCUGCGGACAGAGCUACUACCGGGCGGGCGGGGAGGAUGAGGAGGACGAAGACGAGGCGGCCGGCGGGCGGUGCAGCGAGUGCCGCGGCGUGGAGGGCCGGUAGGGGCGGGGGCCCGGGGGGGCAGGGCCCCUCGGGCGUGGCGGGGACGAUGGCGCAGGACCCAGAGACCCGGGGAGAAGCGGACAGAGGGCAGCCGCGGACCGGCGGUGCGCCCGUCUCCCCUCCCUUGCGUUCCCAGAGGUGCAGCAGGCCUGGGGCGGGGCGCCGAGGACACCCCCUCGCCGCCCGGCCCCUCCCCGCGCCCGGCCCUCCGGCCUGGCCUGCCGUUCGUAGGUUCUCGGCCGAACCCGAAUUAGGACGCUGUGUGAGAACUAGAGAGACCAAGAGGCGACAAAACCAUGAGCGAAAGACCUUUUUCCCCUUUCUCUUCCCCCACCGACUGGGGGUGUUGCGAGGAUGGCGAGCAAUCCGACCCCUUCUACCGGAGGGGCCCCAGAGAGGGAGGGAAGAGGGGUCCUUUUUCCUUGUAGAAUUUUCUUUGAAUCGUACCUUCCCCGGCCCCGCCCACCUAUUAUUUUCUCUUCUCCCCUGCGAGUGCCAUCCUUUCCCUGGCCCCAGCCCUUCCUCCCCUCCUGGACCCGGAGCCGCAGAGGCGUGCAGGAGCGGAACUAGCCCGUGUCCCGAGCGUACCCCUCAGAGAAUGGGGUCCGGUCUCUUCCCUGGUCUGGGCGCGGUUGAAGGAGGGGUGCGGGGGCAAUAAAUGGCACUAUCCAAUUGUC